AUGAUGCAGUAUUCAGCGGCGGUCGUUGCCGGGGUGUUGGUACUGGCAGCCGUAUGCAAUGUUGGGUAUUCCAAUCAAUGUGACGAUGUGGACAUGAGCAUGGAGUUUUUUUCAAGUCACCCGGAGGACGAAGAGGCAGCAGAGGGAGACCCUGUUGUACUGCGAUGCACCUACAGUGGGGUGAGGGAAUUCUUUGUUUGGGAGUUCUAUCAAAACGGAGGACAGAGGCUGACCAUUCGAACCAACGAAUCUUUUCCGUUCGACUUUCACAUUGGUAGGCAAAACGAAUUGAUUAUCCCCCGCGUGAGAUUCAACCAUACCGGGGAGUACCAGUGCCAUGCCAACCCCACCGGCCUCUGCAAUGUCUUCAGCGGGAAUGCCUCCCUAACCGUCAUCACCUUUGGUGACAGUGGCCAGCAGCACGUGUGCCACAAUGCGACUGACACAGCACUCAUAGGGGGAGAGGUCCACGGCUACCCUCUAGCCACCGUCUUCUUCUACCAGGUUUUCGAAGACGGCAUGCAACUGGUUGUGAAUUCUCGAGUGACAAUAACGCACCCGACGGACUACUCGACUAGUUUCAGGAUCACGAUAUCGGACCUCCUGACCAGCGACGAGGGGACGUACAUGAUACGAGCCAACAACAGCGUUGGUCACAGCAAUACACACCAAGUGAUGCUGACAGUGAAAGGAAACAUGUCUGAGCAUAAACACGUCUCCACAUGUCCAGACCGACCAAUCGUCACUCUGGAAACUCCUCGCUACCUGAUUCAGAGGUACGAGGCACAGCUGCCUCGGAUGACCUGCUCGAUACAAGUCUCUGCCAACUCUGAGGUCGGAGGUCAAGCCACCAUGACUUGGCAUGGCCCGGGGAACCAGGAACUCAGUAGUUUGCUGGGAGUAGUGUAUCUUUCACUGGAUCUUGGUGUGUUUGAGUCCGAGAAGGUUGGAGUUUACACCUGCUCUGCGUAUAACAUUCGUGACAGAGGAGACCCAGUGACUGUAUAUGUCAAUGCUCCGAUCACCCUCUCAGUACAACCAACUCUGACUGAGCUGGGAGGAGAGAAGUACCUCGUCAAGUGGACCCCGCCCACUCCGCCCAGCAACGUCCCCAUCUACCAAUACGUCGUCUACAUCAGUCGCGACGACGUUGUAGUUAAAAGUCAGAGGGUGGAAGAUGCCGAGUACAUCAUUGAUGCAUCUGUGCUGUCCCCUGGGGAGUACACGGUGAGAGUUGCCGUGGUCCUCGGAGACGAGGAAAGCAUGGUUAACGGAGAAGGGGACGCCACUGAAGCCACGUCUCUCAUGACCGUCUCUGAUGAGAACCCCAUAUCCCUGCUGCUGAUUGUGUGUGUGGUGGUGGGCGGAGUCGUCAUUCUGUUCCUUGUCGGAAUCUUUAUUGGCCUCUACUUCCUCUGCUACUACUACCCUCACCGCCGGAAGCUGUCUUCCCAGCAGCAGUCGUGGAGCAAAGAGAACAGACUCAAUGAGACCGACCAAUCCAUGGGGAACUCCUACGAACCUCUCCACAUUCCGCAGACGGAGCUGCCCCCCUCUCCCUCCCCUCACACCAAUGGUGUCAUCGCCCACUUCCACAUGGACAUCGACCCCAAAUGGGAGUUUGCUCGAGGUAACCUGAAGCUAUCUGAGGUGCUGUGCGAGAGCAAGGCCACCAUCCUCUACAGAGCCACUGCUGAAGGCGUCCGAGACAAGCCUAUCGAUGUCACUGUCAAAGCCCUUCGAGAAACUGCAACAGAGGACGAGCUGAGACUGAUGUACUAUGAAAUUGACCAGCUGUCCUACCUGGAGCACCCCAACCUCGUCUCCCUUCUCCGAGUCUGCUCCGUAGAACAGCCCCUGUACAUGGUGAUGGAGUACAUGUGUCACGGAGACCUCCUGGGUUUCCUGCGCGCCUCCCGCGGCCACUACGGCAUGCACACCGUCAGCCCCGGGUUCCGUAACUACCAGCCGCCCAACCUACAACUGAGUUCCCGAGACCUGCUCGGGAUCGCUGCCAAGGUCACCAACGGCAUGCGCUUCCUCACCGACAGAAAGGUGGUUCACCGUGCUCUGUGCUGCAAGAAUGUACUGGUCGGCUCAGGAAUGGAGAUCAAGAUCCAUAACAUCGGAGGUUACGACCUGCCAGCCGAUGUCCAGAACCCACUGGUCAAGUGGUUGGCUCCCGAGGUUCUGAGAGACAACAAUUACUCGACCGGCAGUGCCACCCCCUACCCUGACGUCAGUGCAGUGGACCUCUUCUCACAGCUGUACAGUGGGAUGAGGAUGCCCCGCCCACCUCACUGCGGGCAGGACGUGUUUGACAUGAUGAUGCACUGUUGGGCCUACAACAGUGGGGACAGACCUCACUUUGCCACCAUACACGAGAAGCUAGAUGGCCUGUCUCACGCUAAAAUGAGCCUACUAGACUUGCGACAAUACAACGAGAGAGAAUAUUCUCAGUUCGACGAGUGCCCGUCUCAAGCAACUGCCCUCUAG